CCGCAGCUGUGGCGUUCCAGCGACGCUCGGCCCUCGACAGGGGUGAAGGUGACUCGCCUGUUGGUGCGGGAGAUGCAGAGGAAGCGUCGCGGACGCUCGCUCGGCUCCGUCACAUCACUAAUCAUCGAAACAAUCCGCAUCCAAGGUUCGACCUCACCCUCUCAUCGAGGACAGACUGAUUAAAGACAUUUUCUCAGUGAGGUGGUUUUAUUCGUGGAUGCGUAUGCAUGUGUUCUGCACCGAACGGGCGAAAGAACCGCCCCAGAUCCGCAGCCAACGUUUUUCAAAUCGGCAAGACUUCGGUGAGGGAUCUGGAACGCCGGGAGAGCACCGAGAGCACGCGAAGAGCUCAGCGGGCGAUGGAUGACUGUAGAACGACCGUUCAGGAGUUCAACACUCUUGUGGCUCUCUAUCGUGAGCAGGUCAUCUCCAUAGGCGAGAAUACAAUCGACUGUCCUUCUUUAAGGGCACAGAUGCACAAGACUCGCAUCAAAGGAUGCGCCGUAGCCCGGUCUGCCUAUCAAAACCUCAUCGCAAUCUCUGGGCCAGAGGAUGGUGAAAUCCACCCAGAAAUAUGCAGAUUGUUCAUCCAGCUUCAGUGCUGCAUGGAGAUGUACAUUACAGAGAUGCUCAAGUCUAUGUGCCUGUUGGGUGUUCUGCAGCUCCAUAGGAAAGGAAACGAUGUGUGUCCUGAGCCAAACAUGGAAUGCAAGGUCGACGAGAGCUCUGAUGUGCCGAUGCUGGAAGAUCAAUCAUCGUCACCUGUGGAUUUUCCGCAGGAUUCCUGGGUCGUGUGCACAGACAUUGAGAAUAUAGAGAGUGAUAUGCGAGAAAUGAGAAACCUUUUAAGCAAACUCAGGGAGACAAUGCCUUUGCCACUGAAAAAUCAAGAUGACAGCAGUCUGCUAAAUCUGACUCCUUAUCCACUGGUGAGGCAGAGGAAGAGGCGAUUCUCCGGGCUUUGUUGCCUUGUGUCUGGCUGAACCUUCAAUACUCUCAGUCUCAAGUCUUCUUUUCUGAUCAUUGAUCAAUUUACGCUUCACUCGUCUCCUUCGUGUCUCUGGAACUGUUUUGCUAAUGUAACUUGUCCUUGGACUGUCUCAAAACUACAUAAUCCCUUGUUGGAGGACAGAAUCCCCUUGACUCAAAACCCUGCCUAUUGAGUUUUUAAGCAAAAUCAAUUGUCUAUUUUUAGUUUCCAAGAGAGGUUCAUUCUUUGUCAUGUGCUGUGAAACCAUAUGAUUGUACAAAAAAGCAAGAGAAUGAAGUAAAAUGACAUCUGUCUCUGAUUUUCUUUUAUCAUAGUCAUAGAGUUUGUUGUCAGUGAAAGGGCACGUUUAGUUAUAGGAUUGCUGUAUUUCAUCUUCUUGCUUCUUGUUUUUUUCUUCUAUAUAAAUUUAGUCACUGCAAUGCUUUUCAUUUAGUCUUCCAUAAAGGGGAAAUGUUGUAAAAAUUAUAUUAGUCAUUUUAAGGGCACAAGAGCGCUCUGCACUAAAGCCAUUGCUAUUUCAUUCUAAGCUUGAAAUAAAUAUAACACAAUAAAAUUCACUA